AUGUCGGCAGGAGAGGAACAAGACGAACAAGACGAACAAGACGAACAGUUGCUCGUGAGCCAUUCGCACAAAUCCCCAGGCCUUGUGGCUAGUUUCCUCUCAAUGGAGUCCCUCAAAGCAGUGUUUUUCGGCCCCGACCCCGCCGCCCAGAUGAGAAAAUGCAACAGUCUCAUCCGCGCCAACGCCCGCAAGCUGGAUCGGGACAUUGCCCAACUUAAAGCCCUCGAAAUCAAAACGAAACAAUAUAUUGUCGCCGCCUCGCGACGGGCAGAACGCAACCCAUCCCAGGCCGCGCAGGCCGCCAAGGAGUCCCGCAUAUUCGCCCGCGAGAUGAUCCGCAUCCGGAAACAGAGCAGCCGGCUGACAACGAGUAAGGCACAGCUAGAGAGCGUGAAAAUGCAGGUCAACGAAGCGUUCUCUGUGCGGAAGAUUGAGGGGAGUCUCAGGGCUUCGACGGGGAUCAUGAAGAAUGUCAAUCAUCUCGUGCGGUUACCGGAGCUUGCAGGCACUAUGCAACAGUUGAGCAUGGAACUGGUCAAGGCUGGUAUAAUCGAAGAACUCGUCGACGACAUGAUCCCGCAAGAACAGUUAUUAGAAGGCGAAGAGGAAGAGGCAGAUUCUGAAGUUGACAAGGUCCUUCAAGAAAUUCUACAGGGCAAACUGGCGAAAGUGGAAGGGCUCAAGCCGGAAAACCAGGUAGAAGAGGAGCCGGUGGAGGAAGAAUUCGAGGACCAGGAAGAGACGCUUGCUCAGAUGAGAGGGCGACUGGAGGCGUUAAAGAGCUGA